UCAAACAAACAAGACGGGUUACUGCUGCACUGACUGUAAACAGGUUUCCGAAAAGCAAUAAACGCUAAAGAAAAUGUUGAAUGGAAAAUUCUUCACGGGUCUACCACCCAAUAUGAUCGAUCGUGGUAGUGGUGGUGGUACUAAUCGAAUGGAAUCUCAUAUAUUUUGGCCCGAUGAGACUCAAGUCGAUAAUGCAGUUGAAAGUCGCAUUAAACGGCGAAAUAGUGUACAGUUGGCUAACACCGAAAGACCACUGUAUGAAAAACAACCAUCAGUGGCUGGCAAUGAUGUGGAUACUAAGAAAAGAUUUAGCAGGGAAUUUUCGCAAUCUUCAAUACAAUUCCAUGACAAUUUAAAUGAUAAUCGUUCAAACUCCAGAAGAUCAAUGCUGCGCAAUUCAGUGGGUAACAAGAAAAUGGAAAUAGCCGAGAAGCCAACUAAAACCAAACUUGAACUGCCCGAAAGUGUAGUCGAUGAAGCCUAUACUACUGCCAAAAAGAAACAAGCCUAUACAUCGACAAUAGAGUUCUACGAUUACGACAACGAGAGAGAGGAGCCACAAAAUAAUCGCAAUAAUUUGCGAAAGCCCAAAAUGGACAUGAAUGAUAAACGUGAAAUGGAAUUGAACACAAAGAACAGUCCAAAACUUCAGGUGAAACGUGAUGUCAGAAGUUUGAGUGAAGAAAAAGAACAGCGCAAAAUAAAUAAUCGUGAAGUUAGGGCCAUGCAGAGACCAGAUCCCUUCAAAAUGAAUGAUAGUUAUGAUAGAGAACAAGAACGAGAGAUGAUUCUAAAUAACGAAGAACGUUAUUUGCAAAGCAGAAGAUCGGUUGAACCCAGAAUGAACGUAAGUCCUAAGAGAGGUUUGGCAAAAACCACUAAUAAUUAUGAACAACGUUAUUCUAGCGAGAGGGAAAAUUUUAGAGAACCAGCACCACUGUUGUAUGAGAGACGUAAGCCAGCAUAUUAUGAAAAUUCGAAGGAAAUGAGAGACUACAGAAGAGAUGCUGCAACACCAGAAUUAUAUGAAAAUCAUAGAUUUUCACAAAGAGAGCUAAAUUUAGAAGAUGAUUCCCACUAUAGAAGAGAAAGAGAGGAACCCAAAAGAAUUAUACAUAAUUAUAGAAUGCGAAAUUUACAUUUAAAAUCACCACCAACACGAAAACAAUAUUAUGCACCAGAAGAGUAUUACGAUGACGAACCACAACAACAACAACAACAUUAUUAUGGCCGCAAUGACCAAAUUAAAACACCCACUAAUCGCGGAAGUUCUCAUCAGCGUUUUGACUACAACGACAGAGAGGCUAAUGAAGUUGAUUUGCCAUAUGAGAACAAUAAUUCCUCCAGAAGAUUUAACAAUAACAAUUCACCCAUUAAUAAAAUAAAUAAUCAAAUUCAACAAAAACCAGCAGCAACACCAACAUCUCCCUCACCCAGCGAUGCCGAAUCGUACUGUACAACAAAGUCCCAAAAACAUUUGCGCAGCAGCCUUUGUUUCAAUGAAGGUGCAAUUAUUGGCGAAAAUGAUGCGACCCGGUCGCCCACAUCAACAUCAUCAUCGCAGCAGUAUCCAACACAAAGGCGCAACGCUCGCAGUUCGGCUACUCAACGCGUCAGUGUAGGUUUACCAGAUUGAUCGCAAGACCCCAACAACAA